UGCCAGGGCGCCAGGCAGGUGUACCUGCGGCCUGAGGAGGGUCGGCCACUUGGGCUCGGGGUCUUAUCUGGCACCUCUGGGGUUGGGGUGUGGUGGGUCGGUGCUCGGGCAGUCCUAUGUGAAGCAGCCAUCCUCUCUGUUAUUGUUGCUCAGCAUCGGUGUUGAGCGUUGACAACAGCGAGUACAUGAGGAAUGGAGACUUCUUACCCACUCGCCUGCAAGCCCAACAAGAUGCUGUCAACAUUGUGUGCCACUCGAAAACCCGCAGUAACCCUGAGAACAACGUGGGGCUCAUCACCUUAGCCAAUAACUGUGAAGUGUUGACCACACUCACUCCAGACACGGGCCGGAUCCUUUCAAAGCUGCACACGGUGCAACCCAAAGGGAAAAUUACCUUUUGCACAGGGAUCAGAGUUGCUCAUCUGGCUUUAAAACAUCGCCAAGGCAAGAACCACAAGAUGCGAAUCAUCGCCUUCGUUGGGAGCCCUGUAGAAGAUAACGAGAAAGAUCUGGUGAAACUGGCAAAGCGCCUUAAGAAGGAGAAAGUCAACGUUGAUAUCAUCAAUUUUGGAGAAGAGGAAGCCAACACGGACAAGCUGACUGCCUUCAUUAACACCUUAAACGGCAAGGAUGGCACCGGCUCCCACCUGGUGACAGUACCGCCGGGGCCGAGCCUGGCCGAUGCCCUCAUCAGCUCCCCCAUCCUGGCUGGGGAGGGAGGUGCCAUGCUGGGCCUCGGCGCCAGCGACUUCGAGUUUGGCGUGGACCCCAGCGCGGACCCGGAGCUGGCUCUGGCUCUGCGUGUCUCCAUGGAGGAGCAGAGGCAGCGGCAAGAGGAAGAGGCCAGGAGGGCUGCUGCUGCCUCUGCGGCCGAGGCUGGGAUUGCGGCCACUGGCGGGGAUGAUUCAGAUGAUGCUCUGCUGAAGAUGACGAUAACUCAGCAGGAGUUUGGCCGGGCCGGGCUGCCUGACCUCAGCAGCAUGACGGAGGAGGAGCAGAUUGCCUACGCCAUGCAGAUGUCGCUGCAGGGAGCGGAGUUUGCCCAGGCGGAGGCAGCAGAAGUGGACAGCAGCACAGCCAUGGAUACCUCCGAACCCGCUAAGGAGGAAGAUGAUUACGACGUGAUGCAGGACCCCGAGUUUUUGCAGAGCGUGUUGGAGAACCUGCCAGGCGUAGACCCCAACAACGAGGCCAUCCGCAACGCCAUGGGCUCUCUGGCCUCACAGGCCUCCAAGGAGAGCAAGGACAAAAAGGAGGAGGAGAAGAAAUGAGGGGCGCCAGGCCGAGGUUCGCUGCCACUGGCCCUGGGGGUGAGUCGGCCGCCUGCCCAUGGGGCUGGGGCUGGUGCCGGUUCAGAGCAGCGCCCGGCAGGGCAGGGGGCGGGUGGGUUCAGCUGGAACGGGGCAAUAAAGGCUUUCCACAGG